CAGCGCUGUCGGCGGCGCAUUCCACUUUAAAUACUGCCAACGAUCGCAGCAGAGAAUCAGUUCACUCAGCGACUUUAGCGUGUCGAGAACGCAGAAAGCCACAACAACUCUCUCUCACAUCCAUUCACAUUUAAUAUUUUUGUCCCCCAAAAAACGAGAAUCUCUCCACUACCAAAGUGAAGGCGCGAACGUUUUUUUUUUUUUUGGCCAACAACAACAACAACAAAAUAUAUAUCACAAAAAUAUAUAUAUUUCGAAAAUCAUAAGAAAUUUUUUCCAAGUGUAUAAAGUGAAGUGAACAACAACUGCAACAACACCAUUACAAGGAUUACCAUUCGGAUAAAACACUAAGACAAAAAAAAACCAAAUAGAAAUAUAAAUUAGAGAAAAUGCAUCUGCCAGCGGGUCCCACCAUGGUGGCCAAUACCACCACUACCACCUCAUCGCACACACAGGUCCUGCAGGCUGCUGCCGCAGCGGCCGCAGCAGCGGCAGCCAUUUCCGGCGCCUCAUCGGCAGGAUCCUCGGCCGCCAACAAUCAGGCCAAUACCAGCACACACUCCGCCAGCAGUACGGGCAGUUCGACUCCGGAUCUGAAUACCGCCAAUAUCAGUACCAGCACCACAUCCUCCUCCUCCACCGCCUCAUCCGCCAACAACAACAGUAGUAGUAAUACUAACUCGGCCAAGAUGCCAUCCUCGAUGACGGACAUGUUCGCCAGUUUGCACGAAAUGCUCCAGGAAUACCAUGGAGAACUGGCCCAGACCGGCUCACCGUCGAUCCUGUGCAGCGCCCUGCCCAAUCACUGGCGCUCCAACAAGUCCCUGCCGGGCGCCUUCAAGGUGAUCGCCCUGGACGAUGUCCCGGACGGCACUCUGGUGUCGAUCAAGUGCGGCAACGAUGAGAACUACUGCGGGGAGCUGAGGAACUGCACCACCACGAUGAAGAACCAGGUGGCCAAGUUCAAUGAUCUUCGGUUUGUGGGCCGGUCGGGACGCGGCAAGUCCUUCACACUGACCAUCACGAUCGCCACGUAUCCUGUCCAGAUCGCCAGCUACAGUAAGGCCAUCAAGGUGACGGUCGACGGGCCGCGGGAGCCAAGAAGUAAGCAAAGCUAUGGCUACCCCCAUCCCGGCGCCUUCAACCCCUUCAUGCUGAACCCCGCCUGGCUGGACGCCGCCUACAUGACCUACGGAUAUGCGGACUACUUCCGCCACCAGGCCGCGGCCCAGGCGGCCCAGGUCCACCAUCCCGCCCUCGCCAAGGCGGCCGCCGCCCAGGUCUCCCCCGUUUCCGCCGGCUCCAACAGCAUCCCGACUGCCGCCUCAGUCGGAGCAGGAGCACCAGGAGCAGGCAAUGUGGCGCCACCACCCACUGGGGGCGAUUACCAUUCCGGCGGUGCUCCCGGACAGCCGGCGGCCAUGAUGCCCUCGCCGCCCGGUGCUGCUCCCGCCGCUGCCUAUGCCAUGCCCCAGUUCCCGUUCAAUCAUGUGGCCGCCGCCGCCGCUGCUGCCGCCCACCAGCAUCCCAAGGCCACGCCCCACGCCUUCCAUCCGUACAACUUCGCCACCGCCGCUGCCGUCGGUCUGCGGGCCAGGAACGCCGCCCUCCACCACCAGUCGGAGGCCGGCGUUGUGGCGCCACUGAAUCACGUGAGUCCCGCCUCCUCCCGCCCCUCGAGCUCCUCGCCCACCCAGCAGCACGUCCUGCUGAAGCUGAACACCUCGAUCGAGACCAGUUCGAUCCACGAGCAGUCCGCCUCGGACGCCGACUCCGACGACGAGCAGAUCGACGUGGUCAAGUCGGAGUACGAUCUGGACAAGAGCAUCGACUCGACGCGCAGCUCCCCGCCGGUGGCCCACCACCAUCUCGGUCCGCUGCGGAUGCGCUGCGACCUGAAGGCGCCCUCGGCGAUGAAGCCCCUCUACCACGAGCCAUCGGUGGUGGCCGUCAAUCCCCGCCAGGCCUCGCCGGAGACCACCAUCCCGGCAGCCACCAAGCUCAAGUCGGCGUCCGUCCAACAGAAGACGGUAUGGAGGCCCUACUAAAGGGCAAGGGGGGGAGCUAUUCAAAAAGGGGUUAUCUGGAAAGGACCCAUAAAAGUGAUACGACGGGCAGAGCGCAGAGCGGCAAGAUGGAAAUUAUGGAUUGAAAAGAUAUUGUGAUAUAGUGUUUUAAGAAACAACCACGCCUCCGGCCGGCAAACGGAGUGGCAGGACGAAUCAUCCGCGAGAAAGUUCACCAAAAAACAAAAAAUACUAAAAAAGAGGGGAAAAAAUACUAGAAUAACCAAAAAUUAGACGAAGCUUCGAAGGACUUCGAAUUCUGGCGAAGUUUUAUGCUCGAUUCAUAAAAUCGUGCAAUGAGUUCGAUGGCCAUCCAAACUUUCGAAAAGAUUUUCGAAAAAUUCUCAAAAAUCUUCAAGAACCUAACCACAAAAAAAAACUCAUAAGAAAAGAAAGAAAAGUAAAAAGAAAAAAAAAAUUAUUAGUUCAAUACCGAGACACCCACACUCUUGUACAGUUAGUCGUAUAACACUUUCCAAUUUUUUUUUUUUUUUUCAAACUAUAUAUUAUAGAUAUAUAUAUAUAUUUUUUUUGGUAUUUGAUAAUAUGCGAAUUUAGAUAUUGGUAAUUUUUAAGUUUAACUAGUCGUCUAAGCGAAGAAAUCAAUUUUUUUGUCUAGCCCGUAAGUUUUAGCGUGAAAAGAAAAAAAAAAACAAAACUUAACACAAAAAACGAAUUUGACCCAAAACCAAAAAUAAAAAACAAAAAUCACACACAAAAAUUAUUUACAAAAAAAAUCAUACAGUUUGUUUUUAUUCAAGGACUUUUCAGGUUCAGCUAUUUUAUUUCAGGACUAUUUUUCCCAGGACUUUCAAAAGGAAAGUUUUG